ACAUGGCAACUUUCCCAAACAACAUGCAGGCUUGUGUUUGAAAAUAGGACACUGUGAACGGGCACGGUGUAGUGCUUUGGACAUGAUUUCUUGCGGUUUGUGAAGGGGGUGGAUGUUAAAUUCCUGCAACUAUUAGGGCUACUAAGGGCAGCAUCACUUUAUAUUCCCGAUGGACGACAAGGACUAUCUUGUGUCCCCUAAUGGGGACGUGCCUUCAUCCCCAGAAAAGACAGUUGACGCAGUUCCCCCUCAAGGAGCAGCUGUUGACUUGAAGACAGCGUCACUUGUUGCACAUACUCAAGCUAAGCUCCGCCACAAAGCCAAAAAGAAGCAUAAAAAGCAUGGGAAAGAUCGACCCAAACUUAAGCGCAGAAUGUCCCAGUUUGAAAGACGCUACACUGAGCUCGCAUUAGACAAUAAACUUAUUCCUGAAAGGAAACGGAUUGAUUAUGUGUUGGUUCACCCAAGUAUAACAUCGGCAGAUGUUAAAGAUGUUUCCAAACAGAAUGUGCUGAAGACUCAGGAGCAGAACCGGAGGAUGUUUGAGAUGUUGCUGGAGAAAGAAGGCUUCUCCAUUCAGCGGGUGACAAUAGGUGGGGUGGUGUAUGUCAAACUGCACUGCCCCUUUAAGAGACUUUGUGCAGAGGCAGAGAGAGUUAAGCUUCAGAUGCCCCUUAAAGACUGUGGAAUUGAUGCCAAAGUCAAUCAGAAUAGACUGUCGGCCUGGAUAGAGCGACACUUUGAAACUGAUGAUGAAGUUGACUACGUGAGCGCCACCUUCCUAAUGGACAGCAUCCAUGUAUUCGAAAACCACGAAGAUCCCACAGUCUUCUUCCGUCCGUCUCUCCGGUCUCUGUUGUGUCACCACAUGCUGAUCAACCUGGACAUUCGGACAGUGAAGGAGAGGGAGGAGGGGUGGCCAGCAGAUGCCGCGGAGGAGCGGUCUUGUCUUGACCAAACUCUCACUAUGUGCUUUGGGAAGCGGGACACGGAGACAGAGAGGAAGAACACAAAAGUGCUCAAGAAGAAAGAUGAUGAUGAUGAUGAUGUUUCAAUUCAAAGUCUUCCCUACCUUCUGAUGAAGAAGUGUUACACAGAUGCCUACAUCCUUCAUGAAGAUUCAGUCAGGCGGGCGAAGAAGGAGGAGAUUGAUGGACUCUUCUAUCCUGAAACAAAGGAGGAAGAGGAUAAGAUGAAGAUAGAAAUGCCGAUAUCCCUGAUCACUGAUCCCAGGAAGGAAAUGGACGACACAUGGACCAAGCUUUUCAAGUUCCAGCCACUGUGGAAAAUCAGAAACUACUUUGGGGAAAAAAUUGCCUUUUACUUUGCGUGGUCAGGGAUGUUGAUUACAACACUGUGGAUCCCUACCCUCUUUGGGUUAGGCAUUUUCGUUUAUGGACUGGUAUUAAGCAUUAGUAAGAACGAAAGCAGCGAGACUCAAAGCAAUGCUACAUUGGUGGAAGAACUGAAGACCAAGGUGACGGAUGUCCUGAACAUUAUUAAGCAGGCCUUUGACAAUGACGUGACUCCUUUUUUUGCCCUCCUCAUAUGUUUGUGGGGCACCGUGUUUCUGGAGUUGUGGAAGAGGAAGGUUGCACGUCUUGCCUACGAGUGGGAUGUUGAUGACUUUGAAGCAUCGGAGCCUGAUCGGCCUCAGUUCUUUGGCACUAAAGUCAAACCUGAUCCUGUGACCAAUGAGGAAACGUGGUUCUAUCCCCUCAAACGCCAACUGCUCAAGUUCACCACAUCAGCUUCUGUUCUUAUCUUUAUGAUCUCUGUGGUGUUGAUCAGUGUGACGGGCGUCAUCAUCUACCGGGUCAUCAUGGACGUCGACCUAUGUCCCGGCCUGACUGGGACUGAGUGCCUUCUCCUCACAACCGUUGUGUCUUCUAUCCUCAAUGCUAUCUCCAUCCUACUGCUUGGCAAGUUUUAUGACAAGCUGGCAGUAUGGCUGACUGACUGGGAGAACCACCGGACCCAGACUCGGUAUGAUGAUGCCCUGAUCAUCAAGCUCUUUGCCUUCCAGUUUGUCAACAGUUUUGCUUCCUGUUUCUAUAUUGCCUUCUUUCGAGGGCGUUUUUUCAUUCUCAACCGUGGUGCAGAUUACAAAGACAGUUGUGAGGGAACCUGUAUGUCUCAACUCUCCUUCCAAGUUCUUGUCCUUAUGCUUGUCAAACCCUUCCCCAAAUUCUUCAAAGAUAUCAUUCUUCCAUUUCUUAAAAUGCUCUGGCGAAAACGUCCAUGUUGCCGCAAGACGAAGGUUGACGAGGUGUCUGCAGAUAACAAGUCUGCUGGUAGUGAGGCCAUGAAACACCAGAGUUUCCUGGAGAGGGAACGCCUCAAACCCACACUGGGAGACUUCACUCUCGGGGAGUACACCGAGAAGGUCAUCCAGUACGGCUUCCUCAUGCUGUUUGCUGCUUCCUUCCCCCUGGCCCCACUGCUGGCGCUGAUCACCAACCUCAUCGACAUCCGAGUAGAUGCCAAGCGAAUGCUGUGGUUCAACCGGAGACCUGUUGCCUUCAUCGCUCAGGACAUUGGUAUGUGGUAUGACAUCCUGACGUUUGUCAACUUCUGUGGUGUCCUGACGAACGCCUUCCUGAUAGCCUUCACCUCCUCCUGGGGUUCAAACUUUGACCUUGUUGGGAAACUGUGGAUCGUCAUUGGCUUUGAACACAUCGUGUUCGUCCUUAAGUACAUCCUGGCCUACAUGAUACCGGACGUGCCCACAGAGGUCCGCCUCGCCAUCAGACGUGAAAAGUACCAGAUCACCAAGAAAUUGGAGGAUGGCAAAAAUAUGAAAAUGGAUUUCACCCACCUGUAUCCAGAGUCCAGAUCACGUCUGACGUCCGAGAACGGGGAUGAAGAUGUGGAUGACAACAUGCGGGGCAUGAUCAAUGAGUCCAGCAUCGUGGAGGAGCCAGCAUCGAAGGCCGGACCCAGUACGCUACGGAAACGACCAUCGGCCAACAACCUCUGGUAUACCUCAGAAAAAUCUGCAGGGUCAGAGUUGGAUAAGAGUCAAGGCAUAGUCAGCAUGUCUGCUAUUAAUCCCAAUGGCAGUCGACUGCUACGAUCCCAGACGUCACGCGAAAGUGAAGAGGAGACAACUCUGUCGACCAUGAAGCUCUCAGAUACUAUCGAUGACAUCGAUGAGGAGGGUGAACCAGUGACCCCGAGAGAAACCAAACCGAGCCCACCAAGUGUAGUAUUGCCCGCCUACAGUAGUCAAAGUCACUCUGUGUGGACCAUGGAUUACCAGAAACGAGGAUCCAUGGGAGAGUAUUCAGUGUAGCUGUAGUGACCCCACAGGUUAACCGAGUCAAUACGCUGCAAGGUCAGGCUGUCAUCAGUGGGCCGGCACCACCCCUACUACACAGCCAAGCAAGCUAUUCAGGAACAAAGGUGUACAUAGUGUAAUGUUUCAACGUGAACUGUCGUCAAGCACAGAUGAAGAUCAGCGUUACUGCAGCAGCUACAGCGGCAGCUCCCUCAUCAGCUGUGAAAGAAGUCCCUUCACAUAAUACCCAGUAGUGUCCCACAAUAUACUUUAUAGAUGCAGUAUACUCGGAUGAUGAUCUGUCAGAUGAUGACGUGAUAUUUUUCUAUUGUUAGUUACUUAUUUAAUCCAGUUGUUAAUGUACAGGAGAUUUACUUAAAACGAGACAGUACUUGAGAACAUUCACACAAAGUCUUCAGUUUACACAACCUGAUUGGUUAUUUGUUAUGUCCUAUCCAUGACAGUGUUUUAUGUAUGUUUGUUUAUAGAAGAUGUGGAUGUCCUGUUUCAUUGUUUGACUUAACUUGCUAUCAGUAUAAUUGGACUUGUGUCUCAUUUAAGAACAUGCCAUCAGAGGUAUGUAAACAUACAUAGAGUAUAUGUGUGAUAUUUACAACCUGGAAGGAAGGAGACUGUAUGUAGGUCACAAUUUUAAAAUUUAUGGUUUAAUAUUUACAAAUAACCCUGGGUAGGAUUUAAUACUAAUAAAUUUGUAUUGCUCUCUUUCUUUUUGUUUGGCAUUGUUAUUGGUAAAAUAAACAUGUUUAAAAAGUGUUACUUUGUAUGGUAACCAUGGUAACAUCUACAUAUGUUUCCAUCUGUCCGAGAAGGCUUUGUACUCCACAUAAGCUUUUAGCAGCAGACAUAGACUAUAUACAAUACAUUUGAUUAAUUAUAUUCAAAAAAAGGUAUUGGUCACUUUUUUGUUUGAACUUUAUGGUUAUCUGUAUUUGUUUAUUUUUCUAAUCCAUGAAUGAUAGAGUGGUCAGAUUAAUAUAAAUAAAUUAUUAUUAUUUGUAUUUUAGCUUCUGGUUUGUGUUUUGCUGCAGGUCUGUCAAAUCCAUUAAUAGAAAUAUAAGAAUGUGUUGCCAAAUGAAAUAUUUUUAUGACUGGAAUCUCCAAAAUUAAUUUUGGUGCGUCUAGUUGUGGCAGAAGGUUUUGGAUCGUUGUCAGACUCCUACACCUCAAACGUACCACACUCCUCUGGGAAGAUCCCACUAGCACUUGACUCAUGAUUUGAGCAUGUUGAUAUAUCAAUACCAGUAAAGCACGAAGUCACGUCAGCAUUUGUGAAGAUCCCUUCUAGUAAUACCGAUAAGUUUACAUUGGUAAAUUCCAAGGUACUCUCUUUUAAACAUGUUUGUCAGUAUUUAAUUUUACCUUCCAAACAUUUCCAUUUCUAAUAUGUUUACAAUUUUGUGAUAUUAUUCAUUUAACUUUACCUACAUGUUACUUGGACAUGGUCACACUUACACUGUAUGUGUCUGUAAACAAGGCAUGUUGAUUUAUCAGUUUUAGAAACUUCAAAUAUACAUUUCUUACUUGUUCAAGUCAUUUUUCUAUGUUCUUUGUAACAGUAUAUAUAUUUGUGUCUUAGAAACACUUUGUUACCUGCAUAAUAAUUCGCUGUAAUUUAUUAUCAACAUUCUGUAAAUAAUGUACCAGUAGAUGUCUGUGAUAAAAAGGAAAUGUAUAUAGUUUUAAGUAACUUUUCAUAUUUACCUUUGUAUCAUUUAUUCAAUUAUUCCUUUUAACUUAUUUUUCAUACAUGUACACAGUUUCUGCCAUAGUUCACACAAGCAUCUACAGUUGUCUGAAGGAUUCGGCACCAAUACACACACUACUUUAGGCAUUGUUCCUUCAAGUUGUUACAUUUCAGGCUGAAUUUGCAAUGUCCAGGAUAUGUAUAUUUUAUGUCUGGAUCUCAAUCUGAAUAUGACUGAAGGAUCCGAUCUGACCAUUAGACAGAUGGGCUAGAUUUCUUUACUUGAAGACAGAAGAAUAGUUGCAUGUGUACUUCUAGUUUAAAGGAAAGGACAAAUGACUUUUUUGGAGAACUGAGUCAGAAAUAUAAAAAAAUGAUGUUUUGGAAUAUGAAUUUGUUUCUUUGAUGAAUUUGUUUUAUUUUGAAAAGAGAAAGUUUACAUCUUGCAACAAGUAUUUGUAGACUAACACCAAUUAAUUGUAUGCCAGUUCUUUAAUAAUCAUACCAUGAAUACUGAAAGCUGUGAAGUAUAUAUUGAUUAUUAAGUAAGAAUGACAUUUCUUACAAAGUAAAUGCACUGGGGGUGUCCUGCUCCUAUUCUAGACCUAUCCAUAAGUAUUCUUUAUAAGUACCUGGUACUACGGCUGAAAAUGUAAAUAACAAUCUGUAUUUUCUUGUGUAUAGUACAGAUGUUUUACAGAAACACAGCAGGUGUAUAUAACUGUCUAGUAACUAUCAACAAAAAAGGGUUUAGUUUGAACUGAGUUUGUUCUGUCGCUGGAUCUCUGACAACCAACUCAACGUGUGUAUAGUUUAGAUAUGCACCCCAUUUGUCAAUUUACAAAGCAACCAGGGCACUGAUUAUGGCGAAUACAGUACAUAUUUUUGUACAUUAUGCUAUUGCUGAAAAAGUAAACUUUGAAAGUGUUGUUAACGUAAAUGACAUAUACAACUGUCAUCAGUAAUAGGCAAAUAGAGGAUGCAUGCACCCAAUAUGAUCUAUAUCAACAGUAGGGUCAAUGGUAAUAUUAUUCCUAGAAUCAUGUAUUUGAUGUUUUUCAAGGUACUGGGUAUUUCUUUUUAGAGAUGAAUGUCAGGGAAAAUGAACUAUAACACUUUGUAUACUAUUGAAGGCACUGCUUCUAAACAUGGAGUGGUAGGUUACCUAUAGACAUGUCUGACAACUGGUUUCAUUUUAUUGAAAUUGUUAAAAAUUAUUACCAUGUUACAGCAUUCGUUUCUACAAUUAGUCUGUUGUUAUUCAAUGAAGGCAUUAUAUAAACUGGAAUAUAUACAAGGUAUGUGGAUCUUGUUUACGAUGUCAGCAUACGUUACGAUGUCACUGUAAUUAUUGUUGGUAGAGAUUACGUAGGUUUUGCCCUCUUGUGUAUAGUCUCACAUCUUUAGGCUGAAAAAAAAGGAACUGUUUCUCGGUCAUCGGCACAAUUUUUUAUUGGCAAUAAAAAAGAAAAUUCUUCAAAUUUGAAACAUACUCUAUUAUCCAUAAUAUAAAAUGCUUGACAACUGGCAUUGUAUUAAAGAGACAAGUUCAAAGUGAGCCCAUUUGUGUGUGUUGGUAUUCUUUGUGGGGAAAAAAUUAUGAAGCAUUUCUAUGGCAUCACUUUUGUUUUUAAGAAAAAAUAAACCAAUGAUCCUAUCUUCCCUCAUCACUUUUGAGAAAAAUGUGCCCGAGAAACAGUUAUCUUUUUAUUCAGCCUUAUUUUUUUCAUUUGCAUGGAAUUUCACUUAUUUGCAAGAAGUCAUAAGGCAAUGAUUAAAGCCCUAUGUGACCACAGGGUUAAACUUACUUCGGCCAAUAUCAAAUCACGUGUUGUUUUGUGAACGGUAUUGCUAUGCAUGGGCCGAUUGAUCAGGAGUUCAAAUCCUAAAUUUGCCUGAUUACCAUCCUUGGUUAGCACCAUACCCAUGCUCGUGGACUUCACCAUCGUGGAAACGUCUUUAGGCUUCCCUCCCACAUCAAGAUUACUUGCUGUGAUAUAAAUGAAGUAGUGUUCAAAGCAUGACAGAUAUAUUCACUGACUAUGAUAUGUUAGGAUGUGACAUGGGUUGUUUAUAUAUGUCUACCAAAACAUUCUACCACCCAAGGAAUGUGGUGGUGAGUGUUUGGACUGGAUUCACAGUACUUUAUACCUGAGAGCAUUGGUAGAGAAAGUUUAGUCCUGGGAAAUGUGCAUCUUCCCAAGGCAAUGCCAUUAACUGAGUAAAAAAGUCCAGUUUCCACCAUUGCCGAACUGGGUUGGAAUUUACAGGCUUGAUCGUAGCACCACCAGUGGCUAUUAUGAGUUAUGUCCCUUCUAUUUCCCUCCUAUUGACCAAUCAGAUGCCACCUCUCAUAUCAUAUAACUAUAUUGCUUCAAACAUAAUGGCAGCGCCCAGUCAAGAUGACCUGAUCUGAUUGAUAAUCUAUAUUGUAAUGAAACAGGCCUUAACUCACGAAGUGCAUGAAAUCACUUUUACACCUUAUUCAAAAACAUAAAAAGUUUUGCAAAAUAUCUGUCAACGCCCAGCUGGCGGUACACAUGCUUUGCAAAUCCUUCAGUCGACCGAAAUCUGUAUGUUGAAAUCCAUUUUGUUUGUCUAGUUUGUUACAUGAUUUUGAUUGGACUAUGCUUAGACACGUUAGUCCAGCCAAACUGUAACUCAGGAAUUCCAGCCUAGUUUGACAAGGAUGGAAACUGGACUUUAUAGAUAGUUAACGCCCUUGACCCAGGAAGAUGGGAAGUGUGCAGCUAAGUAAUUAAUUCAGCCUUACAACAACAGCUAUUAAAUUGUCUUUUCAAACUGAAAACAAUUAGAGUUAUUAUUCUGGUGAAGAAGUGUUCACCUUGUUGUGGCUUAUGCAGAUCUGGUCUGUUUUGUUUUAUGAACAAUGGCAAAAUUAAGUGGUAUUGCAAUUAUAUAAUUAAGUACUUUUUUGUUAGGUUUUGGUCCAUAAUGUACCUAAAACUGGGCGACAAUUAUGUGAUAAUUUGAAAUUAAGGGGCCAGAGUAAGGCACGUUUCAUGAGAUGCUUUCUUGCCAGACUGAAAACAGACUUCUUCUGUCUUCUAAUAAUGUAUAAAUUGGUUUUGAUUCGAUGUUCAUCAUUACUGUUAUUAACAUGGCAGCAGUUACUCAGGUCACAGUGUUGAGUUGUCCGCGUGUUAUUUACGAUUCCAUUUGAAACAUAUGUUACUCAGGAAAGAUUUUGUAUUAUUUUGUGGUCUGUUUGGUGUUGUACUUGUGAAUUUUUCAGGUCAGAUAAAUAAACCCUCCCUUUCUAGUUCAAAAGGGACUACAGUUUUUACACAUCACUAGUCUAAUUCUAGAGAUGUUGGAAUUAAUGCCCCGUGAAAUGGAGACAUUGUCUCUUUAUUUAGUUACUAAGGGAUGUUUUUUUGGCUGUUUUGAACAAAGUUAAGCUUUGAUAAACCUGCAGUGGAGACACAGAGGACUGUCAGGACAUGAUCCUAGCUUGAAGGCAUGGCUUGUUGCUCAUGCUUUCAACCACUGGUUUGCCUGGUCCAGACUGCCUACAGGUCACUGUGACAUAGCUGCAGUAUUGCUGAUGGGGUAUUCACUCACUUAAAGCUCCACAUCAAGUUUUCAUUGUAUAGAGUUUGCUCUUGUUGUAGUGAUUAUAUUUUUGGUACAAGUGUAGAUUAAAUUAUAUUUGGAAGAAUAUGAAAAUUGCUAACUUACAUACAGAUUUAGGAUGUUAUAUAUAUUUGUACAAUGAUACGUUUGCUUCAUAAUCCACUGUGCCUUGACUGGUACUUGCUCUCUGAUGAUUUGCGAAAAGCCAAUGCCGAUCAAAAUUUAUUUUUAACUAAAUUCAGUUGUCCUCAUUUGUUCUGUUGGCAAUAUCUUUGUACCCGGUACUUAUUCCUCAGUUGUGGAAAUAACUGAUGAUAAAUUUGCUAUAGUCCAGGGAUAAGUGAUAUUCUGAAUUACAGGGUUACACUGUAGUAAGUAGUUUUUAUUUUGUCCCAGAUUUGCAAUUGAAAGCUUUUAUUAGUGUAUGUUUGUUGAUGUGUUCAUACACAUUAAAGUAUAAUAUCAUUUUGUUAUCCGUCCAUAUUCAGGUGUUUGCCUGUUGUAGUUGCUUGGUUGUUACUUCUAUUUUUACCAAGAAUACUUGGUUUUCAAUACUUGGUUUUCAAUACUUAGCAUCGCGGUUUUGCUGAGUUUAUUUGCUGUUUUAUGUUGGUCAAGCUGUUGGGCCACAUCCACGUCUUUAGAUUGUUAAUUGUGACAUGUGAAGGUUUAUUUUCUUCUCCCGUCCAAUGCAUCUAUGUGUGUUGUAUUUAUCUGUAGAGUGUUGUGUUUUCCUGUUUUAUCUUGCUGUCUAAAUACAUACAUUUUGUUAAAUAUUUUUGUUGUAACUUACACUUAUACAUAUUAUUAUUAUCUGUUAUGUUUCAUAACCUUUGGGCAAUAUCUGCAUACCAUUGGUGUGUUUAUUUGUAUAUUUUUUUAUAAAGCAACAAAAUUUACUUAUUUGACCGAUGUUCUGGGAUAUCAGUUUUUUUUUAUCAUUAUCAGUCAAUAUCAACAAAAUUAUUUGUUCAAAUCUGUGAAUAAAAUCACUAAAUAUCAACAUUUUGCAUGGUUUUGAAUUUCCUUGUUUAUAUGAGUAUGUGUAAAUGUUUCACUGUCAACUAUGUGUAUUUCCUCAAUGCCUUAAUGUGUUAAACAAUGUGCUAUGGUUGUACUUGUUUUUCAAGUGCUCCAAUGUUUUCUAGUAGAAAAUAUGUCACACCAGAAAUAAGUCUAACUGCAAAUAAUGCCAUAAUUGAUGUCAACUUUUAAAAUGAUUGGCAUAUGAAACAGUAAAUAAAUGUGAAUUCUCAGCAGGCGAGUUUUGAUGUCAUGUUUACAGAAGGAUAGGAUUGUGUCCUAUCUAGGUUUGGUAAUAUGUAUGAAUCAGGUCACAGUUGUUACAUUUCUCCAGUCUUUUUAUAUAUAUGAAAUAAAACACUCUUCUGAAAA